UAUCUGCGAGUCCAUGUUAACAAAGGUGUAGACCGUUCCACCAAAGUGGUUUCUCUCCUUGUCUCGUAAACCCUGAACCCACAGCGAUCGUUGCAGCAUCUUCCUCCCUAAACCUACUGAGUUCGCCACGCAGAACCGACAACUAGGUCGUGACUCAGUUGUUUCACAUUGAACUAUGCAAGUCAUCUCCAACGCUCGCCGAGUCUCUCGGUUCUUCCUUUCGCCUCAUCUUCGAACCUCUGAAGCCCCUCACUCCACCGCGCUCUCUUCUUUCUCAGGGCUCGCGCAACACGAUUACCGGCGAGUGACAACUGAUCCGAGAAACUGGUUCUUGUCGAAGGAAUUUUUCUCUUCAGGAGUGGAUACCGUUGAAGGAGCUCCCUCAGGGGAUGUGAAGGAAUUAUAUGAUAAAAUGCUUGACUCUGUAAAAGUUAAACGAUCAAUGCCUCCAAAUGCUUGGUUGUGGUCAAUGAUUGCAAAUUGCAAACACCAGCACGAUAUUAAGCUUCUGUUCGACAUUCUGCAGAACCUCCGCAUAUUUAGGUUGUCAAAUCUUCGAAUUCAUGACGACUUUAAUUGCAAUCUCUGUCGUGAAGUUACCAAGGCGUGUGUUCAUGCAGGAGCUCUUGAUUUUGGAAAGAAGACUCUGUGGAAGCAUAAUGUCUAUGGAUUGACCCCGCAUAUUGCAUCUGCUCACUCUUUACUGCUGUAUGCCAAGGACCACAAUGAUACUAAACUGUUGGUGGAAGUAAUGAAACUUCUGAAGAAGAAUGAUUUACCAUUGCAACCAGGGACAGCAGAUAUAGUUUUCAGCAUUUGUUACAAUACAGAUGACUGGGUGUUGAUUAGUAAGUAUGCACAAAGGUUUGUCAAGGCUGGUGUAAAACUAAGACAAACCUCAUUUGAAACAUGGAUGAAAUUUGCUGCCAAAAGAGGGGACACCAAGUCAUUGUGGACAAUAGAAAAGUUGAGAUCUGAAACAAUGAAGCAGCACACAUUGGCGACUGGGUUUUCUUGUGCCAAGGGUCUUCUAUUGGAACGUAAACCCAGUGAUGCAGUUGCUGUCAUUCAAGUUCUAAAUCAGACAUUGUCUGAUAAAGGAAAGUCAGGCAUCAAGGAUGAACUUCAGAAGCUUGUAUCUGAGUGGCCUUUAGAAGUUAUUAAGCACCAAAAAGAUGAGGACAGAAAGGCAUUAGCAGCCUCUUUGAAGUCUGAUAUCCUUAUCAUGGUUAGUGAGUUGCUGAGCAUGGGUGUUAAGGCAAAUGUAAGUUUGGAAGACCUAGACAGGAAGGAAGAUAUUCCACAAUAGCAUUUAGUUCAGAAUUUGAUGACAUUGUAUUUCAGAAUGUGCUUAUUCGUGGAGUAUCUCCUUCCGAGGAUGCUUCCUAGCACAGCAUAUAGAUAAGGAGUCUGCAAUCAUAGGAAAUGUUGAUUAUUAAAUUAAAAUUAUUACUUUGCUUCCGUUGUUACCAUUUCUUAUUUUACGUCUCGGAGUACUUGAGUUUUUGGUAGCAUAUUAGUGGGAUUUUGUUAUUGUCCGAUAACCGAAAUUUGGAUAUCAGAAGAUUAUGUCGAAACAAAAAUAAUGUGGCAUGUGUCCUC